AUGGAUCUAAAGACUGAGCAACGGAUUGCCAUCUACCGUGGAGCCGAUCUACCCAGCCAGUACACGUGGAGUCCGUUCGUUUCGAAACUCGAGCUUCGAUGUCGUCUAUCCGGUCUCAAGUACAUAUGCGAGAUUGGCUUCCCUCCGUCAGGGCCCAAGGGGAAGAUACCAUACGUGGAAGUCACUUUACCUGGACAGUCUUCCGUAUGGCUUUCAGACUCGACUCUGAUAGCAAAAGACUUCGUCAACAAGGGCCUGCUUCCUGACUUGAACUCCAACCUGAGUGUUGUGGACAAGGGUCGUGAUCUCGCAAUUCGAGCGCUGAUGGAAGACAAACUUGCUUUCUACGACACGUACGAGCGCUGGGUCAAGAACUACUAUGUCAUGCGGGACCAUGCCAUGGGAAAGCUGCCCUACCCUGCACGAGUCAUCGCUGGUACUCUGGCGUAUCGAGGCAUUAUCCAGCGACUUCACGAACAAGGAACAGGUCGCUUCAGCGAUGCAGAGAUAACUGCCUUUACUGAAGAAGUCUGGGAAGCCAUCAAUGGAUUACUGGAGGCGAGUCUGGAGAAGAACGCUGAGCAGGAUGAAUGCUUCUGGGUGCUGGGUGGAAGGGAGCCGUCUGAGGCCGACACUUCAGUCUUUGGCUUCGUUGUGGCUAACCUUGUCAGCGAUUCUGCACCUUGGAGCAGAGACCUGUUGAAAGGAAACUUCCCUAUGACAAUUGAGUACGCAAGAAGGAUCCACAAGAAGUACUUCCCCGAUUAUCAGAUGUGGGACUAA